CUAAAAUUUCAGAACUUCACUCUCUCCGUCUCUUUCCCUCUCUCAAUCUGUUGGAGAAAUUCUUCUGUUCUCUUCCUCACCUAGAGGAAGCUUCUGCUUGUCAAUCACUGCCAUUCUUUCAAAGAAAAUCCCCUAUGCGCCAUGUACAGGUAGUGGUUGGAAACCUCUUCUCGUGAAUCUCCCUUUUUUCUUCGAUUCUGCCGGAUAUUCUCAGCGGCAUAGACGUCUAGACACCUUUACGAUCUUGCUUCAAGACCCCGACGCAACAACAAUGGCCGAGUCAGACCCUCUCUCUGACCAGGCCAUGGUCCAUCUGAUGACCUACAAGUACCAGAGCGUGGACAAAUCGUUCAUUUCAAACUAUAUAUUGCGGCACUAUUGGAAUGGCGCGGUCAAGCUGUUACCCAUGUGGCUCGCCCCGAACAUGGUCACUUUGCUGGGUUUCGUCUGCAUUCUAGUCAAUGUUGUCUUUAUUCAGAUCUUCAUACCUGAUCUUGUCGGACCAGGCCCAACAUGGGUCUAUUACAGCUUCGCCGCUGGGUUGUGGUUGUAUUCAACCAUGGACAAUAUCGAUGGCAAACAAGCUCGACGGACAGGAACUUCGAGUCCUCUUGGCGAGCUGUUCGACCAUGGCAUCGACUCACUCAACUGCACACUGGCGAGCCUCUGUGAGACGGCCGCCAUGGGACUGGGCCCAAGCAAGACGGGUGCUUUUACAGCUCUGGUUCCUUGUCUGCCCAUGUUCUUUUCCACCUGGGAAACGUACCACACCCAUACACUGUAUCUGGGUGCAUUCAACGGGCCGACUGAAGGGUUGAUACUCGCCUGCGCUGUGAUGGUUCUCUCGGGCUACUUGGGCCCUCAGAUCUGGUCACACCGCAUGGCAGAAUUUGUCUCGCUCCCGGAGGGUCUGCCCAUCGACAUUCCCUCCGACCUGACCUUCCGCGACCUCUGGGUGCCGAUAAUUCUGGUGGCCUUCUUCACGGCUCACCUCCCAGCUUGCGUCUACCACGUCGCAAAAGCCCGGCACCAGGCAGACUUACCGUUACUGCCGGUCUUUCUGGAGUGGGCGCCGAUCAUUAUUUUUAUAGGAAGCUGCAUGGCGUGGCUCGGCUCUCCUUACUCGACUCUGUUGGCAAACAACCACCUUUUGAUCUUCUCUCUGACCAUGUCAUUCGUCUUCGGUAGACUUACAACCAAGAUCAUCCUGCAUCAUUUGACUCGUCGACCUUUUCCGUACUGGACAUCAUCGAUGGCGCCAUUGAUCGGUGGUGCCGUACUGGCCUGGCUUCCCCUGUUCGGCUAUAAGCAGAUGUCGCCCACUUUCGAGCGCCUGUACCUCUACGCCUACCUGCUGUACGCUAUGGCGUUGUACUUUACGUGGGCAGUGCGAGUCAUCAAUCGCAUCUGCGACGUUCUCGACAUCAACUGUCUGACCAUCAAGCGAAAGGAGGCGGAUCACAAAGAGGCGCAAUCCUUCUCGGACCAUUCAAACAGCGCCACUUCAAACGGCAGCUUGCGCAAGACGAUGAAGAAGCUAUAGAAAAGAAAAUCCUUUUCCCCCCCAAAGACCAAUCGAGAAGAUUCAUUACUACUCGACUUCCAGAAAGUUCCAAAAUCACACCAGAAUUCUAAUUUUAGCAAGAGUAUCAAAAAUGCACAUCCAGAAAGGCGUGUGCAGGAGCAGCAGCAGCAGACGGUUUUUUGGAUACACACUCAAAAUAUGAGCCACCACAGAUAUAGGAGUUACUGUUUAAUUGAGAAGAGAUUAGCAUCA